AAACCAAUUAAUCUAGGAAACAUUUUGUAAAUGAUUGAUCAUAAUUAGUUAUCCUAUCAGCACUGAAUUUAUUGACGUUACAAACUUUUUUGAACUAGAGUAUCAAAGUAUUUUAGUACAAACAUUUAUUGGGUAAAGUGUUGAAAUGAGUCGGUUACAUUAGGAUGCAAGUUGAGUUUUUGACAGUUAGUUAAUUAAGGAGGAAAUUGGCAUUGUGAGGUGUUGUGGUAGAUCGACACGCACGAACAAGCAAUCAACAAUAUCUUGCGGAUUAGAGUUUGAGAGAGUUUUCUCAAAACCUCCAAAACCCUCUUCAAUUCUAAUUAUUAUGAACUCGGUUACUCUUCCUUUCCCUUCACUCCCCUCCGCCACUCAUACCCUACUCUCUAAUCCACGCGCCACCGUUGGUUUCAGCUGCUUCCUCACCUCCGCUCAUCUUCCAAGGCUUCGUGGCUCGCACCUUUUCGCUGCAAACUCCCUCACUGCUAAUUCUGUGCCUCCAAAAAAUGGAGUGUAUACUGUGGGUGACUUUAUGACAAAGCAAGAUGAAUUACAAGUAGUGAAGCCCACAACAACUGUGGAUGAAGCUUUGGAAGCUCUUGUUGAGCACAGAAUAACUGGUUUUCCUGUGAUUGAUGAUAACUGGAAGCUAGUUGGUGUUGUUUCAGAUUACGACUUGUUAGCACUGGACUCUAUUUCAGGUCAUGGGCGAACAGAUAACAGCAUGUUUCCAGAAGUUGAUAGUACUUGGAAAACUUUCAAUGAGGUUCAGAGACUUCUGAGUAAGACCAACGGGAAGGUGAUUGGUGAAUUAAUGACCACUGCCCCUAUGGUCGUUCGGGAGACCACCAAUCUUGAGGACGCUGCUAGAUUGUUGCUGGAAACAAAAUUUCGACGCCUUCCAGUUGUAGAUGCCGAGGGUAGAUUGGUUGGGAUUAUAACAAGAGGAAAUGUUGUAAGAGCUGCACUUCAUAUGAAACGAGAGAGCCAAAAGAAAGCAUGAUAUGAUAGGGAUUUAGAAGAUCAUUCCAAGAACUUAUUGCUUGAUUUCAAACAAUUAUUGGAUUGAAGUGUUCACACGAGCUUGCUUGAAUUAGAAGUAAAAUUUUGGCUUAGGCAUGUAUAUCUUAUUAUUAUAUUCUUUUGCCAUCACACGAAUGUUUGUCAUUGAAAAUAUUUUGAAGAGAAGCAAUUAUUAUUUCCAAUGUUCACAUUGUAGUAUAAGUGAUAAGGACCACCUUGGUGAUAAUGAUGUUGAAAUGUGAAUUUGUUGUAUUAAUGAUAUCAAUAUUCCACGUA